AUUUGCAAAUUACAGAAGACGGGGAGUGACUAAUGCAUGUUUGUGAGUGGCAGCAGUGUCAAUGGCUGCUCCUCUUUUUCUAAGAUAUCCAAAUUUCCACACACUCCUUCUCAACUCUACUGCACCCAAAUCUCUUUCACUUGUCAAUUUCGCCAAGAUGGAAGCCAGUGAGAUCACAGAGCAAGUGGAAGAACAAGAGGAUUUGAAUGUGAAGAAGAAGAAGAUCUUUGUUGCUGGAGCCUCUGGAAGCACUGGGAAGAGGAUCGUUGAGCAGUUGCUCAAAAAGGGUUUUUCUGUCAAGGCUGGGGUUAGAGACUUAGACAAGGCCAGGGCCUCACUUUCCUCUAACAACCCCUCUCUUCAAUUUGUAAAAGCGGAUGUCACAGAAGGUUCUGACAAGCUAGCUGAAGCAAUUGGUGAUGAUUCGGAUGCAGUAGUAUGCGCCACGGGAUUUCGGCCAGGUUGGGAUUUGCUUGCUCCAUGGAAGGUUGACAAUUUUGGCACAGUAAACCUAGUCGAAGCAUGCAGGAAACGUAAUGUUAACAGAUUCAUUCUUAUCAGUUCCAUCUUAGUCAAUGGAGCAGCAAUGGGACAGCUACUUAAUCCAGCUUAUAUCUUUCUCAAUGUUUUUGGACUCACCUUAGUAGCAAAACUACAAGCAGAACAAUAUAUCAGGAAAUCCGGCAUAAAUUACACGAUAAUUAGACCUGGUGGUUUGAAAAACGAUCCUCCUUCUGGAAACGUUGUUAUGGAACCAGAGGAUACUCUUUCUGAGGGUUCCAUAUCCAGAGAUCAAGUUGCAGAGGUAGCUGUGGAGGCAUUGGCUUAUCCUGAGGCAUCUUAUAAAGUUGUGGAGAUAGUGGCUAUUUAG